CUUGCACGGGUACAGUAGCAGUCCGCUACUUAUCCGUCAACCGCAGCGAGUAUGCUUCUGCUAUCUUCCAUCCCGUCGUCAUGUUUCUAUCAUGCCAUGCCACAGGUCUUAGACAAAAGCUUAUCGAAACCCGCCCUGUCUUGUCGUUAUCACAAGCCUGUCCUUGUGACCCCCCUAAUCUUGAUUCGUGGUCUUGGGCAUCAGAUCAGGCUUGCAAGCCUCAACCCAUCCAUAGUCUCCGCCGAUCACACACUAACUUGGCAUUCAGUCACAGGCCCAGUAUGGAGAGUACGUACUCAAACUGCCGAAAGGAUUUUCUCUGUCUCCCGUCUCCCGUGUCUUUUCGUAUGCAAAGUCGAUCACUUGUGAUGUCUACCUCAUUCCGCCAGGCAAUGUUCCGAUGAUGACACCCACCCUCAUACUGACAAUCGGAGCAAAACUCACUGACUACACGGAAUUAAGCAUGGUUUAUUCCCACAUGUGACUCACUGGCGCCUUUUCUUGGCUCUACAUAUCAUCAAGAAGCUGUCUGUCUCAGACCCUCCAGAGUGGCGCUCUCCCGCUGACUGCACAAAGCUUCCCACCCUCCUGUUUGCUUGUGCUGCGGUACUCACCGUGGGACAGGUUCGUUAGUAUAACUUAAUCGGGUUCGCCCUGAUUUUUGGUGUUUUCGUUUUUGUUUUGUUUGAGCUACGCUUUGAUAUAAAUAAGCAGGGUUCUGCCUGUCAUAUUGGGCCAGAAAGUGAAAGACCCCACUACAGCAGAGACAACCUAACUCACGAGCCUGAAAUCAAGAAAAGGGCGAGAGAAAGAAAAAAGAAAGGAGAGAAUUUUGAGGCUGUUCAUAUAAGACCUCGAUCCCUUCUUCUCACCACAUCAACUAUACCAACUUACUUCGUUACAAUCACCAACAUUAUCACCACCCAAAAUGUAUCGCGAGAAUCAUCCUGGUUCUCUCUCCCUCCCCGCCAUGUGGAGUCCCCCCAGCGACGAGGCAAUCCCUCUACCAAAACAAUCCCACCACGAUGACCAUCGAUCCCGCCAAGCAAGCACAUGCUCUGAACGCAGCUGCGAAGGCAUGAGCCUUGACGAGACGAGGGAGUUAUGGAGAUGUAUGCUUGAGCUGCAACUUCGAUAUGGAUGCUAUAACUCCACGAGGAUCGAUAUGGCUGUUGAUGCUGGAGAAUGCGGCAUUGACUUGAUGCCGAAUCGCUUUAUUAUCGAUACACUCAAUGAAUCUGUUAUCGAUCUUCCUGAUGAGGGUCGUGAGCUACUGAACCGUCAUCUAUGCCCAUCGUCGCCGACGAAGCAAAAGUGGAAGUUCUGGAAGAAGGACUGAGCUUUGUAUACUUGUGUUGCGAUUUAUGGCGUUGAUGGAUAGAAGAACUGAGAUGCAUGAGUAGGAGUUGGAUGCGUGUUAAAAACUUGAUCGAUACCCAGAUAUCAGAAUGGCCCUGAUUUAUUUAUUUACAUAUUUUUAAUUGAACGGCAUCAUUAUCAUCUCUCGUCUCUCGUCUCGCGUCUCUCGUGUCUCAUCUCUCAUACCUGAUAUCCAACAAAGCAAAAGCAAGAACACUCACACAUCACAGCUUCUCCUCAAACUCCUUAUCCCCAAUAAACCCAGCCUGUAUCUUCAUGCUCUCCAAAACCCUCCCCUUGACAUCCUCACUCUCAAUAUCCAUCCCCAUGAAUCCACCAUGCGUAGCCCCAAACUCAUACCCCUUCAGGACCCCCCACAUCCUCGCCAUCUCCCCGACCCCGAGAGGAAUGAAGUUCGGAAUGCUCCACAGGAACGAGAAAGAGUUCAGCCCAGCCGGUCGGGUCCGCGAUGCCCCCGUGGCGUCUACGCUCCAGUUCCCGACGCCCGACGCCGUCGUCAUGAGCGUGUCAGCUAUGAACAGCCGCGAGUUGUAGUGCAGCACCAUCGAGCCCGGGAAGUGUCCGCCUAGCUUGAUGGCCUUUGCGCUGGAGAUUAUGGGCGUUUCGAGGGCUGUGAGGAAGAUUUGGUGCGUGGAGGAGAGGGUUGUCCAGAUUUUGUCUUCGGCGGCGAGAUAGACUGGACAAUUGAAUGCGCGGGCCCAUUGGACAUGGGUGCUGUAGAAAUGCGGAUGGCUUAUAACAAUCGCCUUCAACCCUCCCUCGCUCUUGAUCCUCUCAACAGUCUCAUCGUCCAGCAACGUGAUGCAAUCCCAGAGAAUAUUGCCCUCUGGCGUUUUGAUAAGAAUAGCACGCUGCCCAAUCGCCAAUUUCGGCUGCGACGAGAUAAACGUGAUGUUCUCAUCAGAAGGGCACUUUGUCCAUUCGUUUUUAUGCUUCUUCUUCAAUUCUCCCAGCGUAGAAAACGACUGUCCAGACGCUGGCACGAAUUGGCGCGGGUCAUCGCAGAUGUGACAUGUCUUUAGGGCGCUGCGGUCAGACGUUGGGAAUUGAGUCCCGCAGGUGUCACAGACGAGCCAUGAGUCGGCGGUGCUGGGGUCGUACGGCUCUGGGGUGAAGCUCAUGAUGGGUUUAGCUUGCGACUUGGGGACGAUCUUGUACAGAAAUAGGGAAUUGGGGGAGGACAUUGUUGGUUUCUUGUGUCACUAUCACCCUUUUUAUCCCCCACCUUUGAGCGACCUCGGCCGAGUUGUCGCUGCAGAUGAAAUUUGAUCUGUAAGCUAUCAUCUGUAGUCAAUUGACGUCACCCUGUCAAGUUGUCCCACUUUCCCCACGUUUGACACGAUUGUCUGGAGUAUUGAGAUCCUCAGUAGACUCACGAGAUUACAAAGCAAAACCUUUUGUUCACGAAAUGCUUCAACUAGCGAGGUCUAGACUUGCAAUUCAAUUGAUUCCAAAACAUUGAUUCCACAUCCUACUUCGUGUUCCUGGUAUCAAAGAGUAUCCUGAUUCCAUCACCAAACUCCAGACACCUACCAAAUCAAGACAAGACUACUCCCAAAGGGCGCAUCUACCACGCCUCCCACAUCUGGUUUCCCAUGGAGAUCAACCUGUUGAACAACUGAUCCCGCAUGGAGACCGCCGUGAGAUGAUGUUCCUGUCCGUCCUUCGUCCUAAUCAUCAACCCAUCCACAAUCUCGCUCCCCAGAGCCCAGCCAACAAUGAUCUUGCUCUUCCACCCGAGACCGCCCAUCUUCUUCAGCUCAUCGAUGUCGCCAAUAGUCACAGUCCAAGCGGGCUUUACAUCUCCGAGUUCGGUCGUCCAACUGACAGCGGGCGUCGUAGCUGUAGCUGUAAUGUACGCAUGGCCCUUCUUUCCCUUGUAUCGCGCUGGGAAGCGAAUAGGUCCCGUGAGGGGAUACGGCUCUUGACCUUUGACUACACCAAGACGGUUCUUUGCGUGAUGGGCACCUGCUUUGGCUUUCGCUUUGUCGGCGGCUAGGGCUGUUGUGACACCGCCCUUUGCAGUACCGCGGAUAAAGUUCAUGAUGCGAUGGGACUUCUUAUGCUUUGUCUUUUCUUCCUCGUCUUCGUGUUCAUCUUCAUGGAUAAUGUUGGGAUCAGGCUGCACAGCCUCU